UUCACUCCUUGAAACUCGGGCUGGGGCUCAAUUAAGAGACCAUGUCCGCCAUCGGUCGUCCGCAGUCCGUGCUAGUCUUAUUUAAACCAAAUUCUCCAUGAAAUAGCAUUACCCCGUGGCCUCGAGAAUGGCCGGCUCGGGUGCUGUUCAGGUGAAGCUGGAGCUCGGGCACCGCGCUCAGGUCCGGAAGAAACCCACCGCUGAGGGCUUCACACACGACUGGAUGGUGUUUGUCCGCGGGCCGGAGCACACCAACAUCCAGCACUUUGUGGAGAAAGUAGUGUUUCACCUGCAUGAAAGUUUCCCCAGACCAAAAAGAGUGUGUAAGGAUCCACCAUAUAAAGUGGAAGAGUCUGGAUACGCUGGCUUUAUCCUGCUUAUUGAAGUGUACUUCCGAAAUAAGGAGGAGCCGAAAAAAGUGCGCUUCGAGUACGAUCUGUUCCUGCACCUGGAGGGCCACCCCCCUGUCAAUCACCUACGCUGUGAGAAACUCACCUUCAACAACCCGACGGAGGAGUUCCGCAGGAAGCUGCUAAAGGCCCGAGGGCAACGAGACCCUCACAAAAGAAGUUCAGACGACUCUAAAGUGAUGGUCAUGCAAGAAGGCUCCACGUCUUUGUUCGGUCAGCAACUUAAGCUGCCCACUUUAUCCAGCAGCUCACUGACACUGAACAUCUCUGAUGGCAAAAAGAACAAGUCUUUUCCAGGAGCAAAGCAGGACGGGUCCAAAAGCAGUAGUGCCCUCACCAUUACCACCACCACCACCACCAACAGCAUCAGCAGCAGCUCACUUAAGCUCCACAAACCAUCCAAGGAGUACAAGGACAAGCCUUCCAAAGACUCGAAAGAGUCCAAAAGUGCCUUCAGAGACUUCGGCAGGGACUCGGGCAAAGUCUCCAAAGACUCCUUGAAGAAACCCAAAGAGAACCAGCCGCUCCGUGAUGAGCAGCCCAUCCCUAAGAUGGGUUUCAAAGAGCCCAAGGCCAUAUCUAAGGAACACCGGGGGACUGAUGUUAGCUUCUCGAGCUUGGGCCAAAAUAAACGAAGGUCCUCGAUGGACGAUGAAGCCAACAGUACCAAAAAACGGAAAGGAAGUUUUUCAGAGACGUCGCAGAAGCUUCAGUCUGGUUCCGCCAUGCUCCAUCCUCAUCACUCGGAUAAAAAGGCUCUAAAGGACAAAUCGCAGAUCCGGCAUGCCAAGUUAAGGGAUAACGAGCUGUCUGAGAGAAGAAAGGUGCCCACUUUACCUCCUUUUCAGGAUGUGGUUGACCCAAAUGACUCUGAUAUGGACGACAACCUUUCUGCUAAAUACGACUCUCCCAGCCCUGCCAGCUCCAGCUCCAGUUCAAGUUCAGGAUACAGACCUACACACAAGAGACAAGUGCUCGGUUCUUUGCAGGCGAUAAUUCCAGAAUUGCACUCAGAUGACAAUGAAGACGAGUCAGAGGAGGAAGAUGACAACGACAUGGACUCGGACAUGGAGCGUCCCUUACACACACACACGACGCAUCGCCAUCGCAGGGUGAGUUUGAGUGACGGUAGUGACAGUGAGAAUAGCUCCACCUCUUCACUGCUCCCACAUAACGAGGCCCCGCCCCUCCUGAAGGCCAGCAAUAAUCCGAUUCUAGAAGUGAAGAGUCCCAUGAAGCAGACAAAAGUGGAGAAAAACAAGAAUAUUGACUGUGACAAGGCCUACUUGGAUGAACUGGUGGAGCUCCAUAGAAGACUAAUGGCACUGAGAGAGAGGCACAUAUUACAGCAGAUUGUAAACCUCAUUGAAGAAACUGGACAUUUUCACAUCACAAACACAACCUUUGACUUUGACCUUUGCUCCUUGGACAAAACCACGGUUCGAAAGCUGCAGAGCUACCUAGAAACCUCUGGAACAUCUUGAAGACGUGUGCAGCUGGCUGCCAUGAGCAGGAACACCAGACCUCCUGAUUGUCCUCCUGAUUUUGUCUCAAUCAACUUGUGGCAUUGUUAUGGAAUCGGCUUCAAAUCAAGAGGUCCCGGAGCUCCUUUCUUCUCUCUGUGUGCCUCAGAGAUGGAUGUGAGAUUCUUCCUGUCCACCAGGACUUCACCUGAAAAGCCUUGAAAAGUCCAGCAUUGCCAAAAAAAAAGGGAAUAAGUUCAUGCGCCAAAAAAAAAAAAAACAGCGACAAGUAAAAGAAGAAAAAAAAAACUGUGCAUAUUGUUACGAUGAAUGAAUGAUGUUCGGUUCUGUUCUUUGUGAUGAAUGCAUGUCUCAACACUGCCUUACACCAUUGUCUAUUUAUUGAGUAUGAGUUUCAAGUGUGUGUGUGUAAAAGCAAAUGAUAUUAAACUUGUGCAAGCA